UGCGUGGCUGCAGUUGCCACCAUGGUGCCUCGCUCGGUACCGCUAGAUGGCGUUGCAGUACCUUUGUAAAUUCUUGGCGCCUUCCGUAGCGCUGCCACCUUUUAUUCUUCGUGACCAGCCCGAUGCAACACUUUUAGAAAAAGGGAAGUCCCCCUUUCUACACCAUCAGAUCGGAGUGGGUUGAAGAUUUAAAAAAGCUGACAAUAAUAAAAUAUUUAAGGACAUCAAAUUAAGUGAAAUGGAUGCUAAGGAUGAUUUACACCAAGCUGAACUUAUAGAAGAUCCAGAAGCUGCAGAGUCUGAAAAAUACGAAAACGAUGAAUAUGAGUAUGAUGAUUUAAGUGGCGGCGAUGACUAUGGCUAUGAGGCAGCCUGUAGCGGUUUCAACAAACUCAAUGUGGACCCGCAACUGACAACCGCUAACACCACGAGCAGUUUGACUACAGCACGUGGAAGUGGAACUCAACGUGUCAGUAACUAUCAACUAUCAAUGAGCACACGAGUGGCUAAUCGGCUGGCGAACAUCGGUCGUCGUCAAAAAAAGGAACGAGAGCGCGUACGUGACAAACAUGAUCGAGCGACGGCGGAGCAGGUGAUAGAUCGACCAACGCGACUGAUACUGACCAAGUUGCUGAAUCGCGGCUUCAUACAGGAGAUUAACGGCUGCAUAUCAACUGGAAAAGAAGCGAAUGUAUUCCAUGCUGUAACCAAGGAUGGCGAGGAGUUUGCCUUAAAGAUAUACAAGACCUCCAUAUUAGAGUUUAAAGAUCGCGAUAAAUAUAUGUCGGGUGAGUUUCGCUAUCGACGCGGCUACUGCAAGCGCAAUCCACAAAAACUGGUGUGCACCUGGGCCGACAAGGAGAUGCGCAACUACCUGCGAAUGCGUAACGCCGGAGUACCAGUGCCUGAGCCUAUCCUAUUGCGUUCCCAUGUACUCGUCAUGCGUUUCUGUGGGCGCGACGGCUCGCCGGCGCCCAAGCUCAAGGAUGUCGAGCUAACCACAUCGAAGGCCCGUGAGCUAUACCGUGACUGCGUGGUCAUCAUGUGGCGCAUCUACAAUCAGUGCCGCCUGGUGCAUGCCGAUCUCUCCGAGUUCAAUAUACUGCUACAGGCUGGGCAGCUAAUGAUAAUAGAUGUUAGUCAGUCAGUGGAGCACAACCAUCCUCAUGCUUUCGACUUUCUGCGGAAGGACUGCUGCAACAUAUUGAAAUUCUUUCGCAAAAAGUCAGUGGCCACCAUGACCAUCAAAGAGCUCUUCGAUUUUAUAACGGACAAAAAGAUAACCGAGGAAAACAUGGAACAGUGUCUUGAGCGCAUCUCGGAACAGAUAAAGGAUCGUGAUUUUGAUGCCAUAACGGCACAAGAGAAGAUCGACGAGGCUGUGUGGCAAAACACCUACAUUCCCAAGCGCUUGGACGAGCCUGAAAUUUCGGAUGCAGAUCCCAGUGACGGUGAAUCCAACCACGAGGAGGAAGAAGAGGCUACUGAAUCUGAAGAUGGAGACUCGUCCAAGUUCGCACACUUGGCACGCCCACGCGGUGAGUCGCCUGAUAGCAGGAAAGCCCGCAAAAAAGCAGUGAAGGCGGCCAAGGCAGAGCAGCGUAAAGUCAAAGGGAAAAAGCGAAAGGAAAAAGUGGGCAGCAUGAAAAUUUAGUUAUUUUCUAAUUUUUCCAGCUAUUGUAAGUUAACCAUGAAACACUAAAAACCUGUAUAUAUUAAUGCAAUGCUAUUGAAAAAAGUUAUAAAUGUUUUGAUGCAACAACCAAAUUCGACGAUUCAAAAAUUAUGUUUUUUGAGAAAACUUUAAAAACAAUAGUUCGCUGUUCGUGCGAUAAUUGCGGAAUAACACAUUAAAAAAACGUUACUUCACUAAAAAUACAAGAAUGUAUGUAGGUUUUUGCUUACAUUCUUCUCACAUUUUAUAAAGUAAAGUAAGCUUUUCCGUUCUUAAAGCCAGUAAGCUGGGAAAAUGCCAUUAGAAUUGUACAUCUUUCAGAUAAAAUACACAUAAGGAUAUCUGAUUCCUGUCAACAUACAUUUUUAAAACCACAUACAUACAUAUGUAAGUGGAUGCAUUUCGACGAGCUGAUUGUUUAAUUAAGAUUAAUAGGCACCGAUCGGCUUUCGGUAGUAUCGCAUGACAGCCCUUUUCCGUUUGUCAAAUGCUUUAACGGCCAUUUACAGAAAGUAACGUCGACAGCACAGUUUAUAGCUUAUUUAUUAUCCGCGGAGCAAGCAGUUCGGGC